CAUAUAUGUAACAAAAAAAAUGUUAUAAUAAACAUUAUAGCAUAGAAAAAUAUUACUCCCUCCAUCCCCCAAAGUUUGUCAUAUUUUACUAUUUUCGCAUGUCCCACAAAGUUUGUCUCACUUUGGAAUCUAAAAAAAUAGACAUUAAAUGCACCUCAAUAUGAGACUUUUAUUCCACUACACACCUUCAUUUAAUACAAAGCUAAACAAUUUUUUAAAACCUCUGGUCAAAUUGGGACAAACUUUGAUGGAUGGAGGGAGUAUUUAUUUAUUUUGUUUUUAAAAAAAAGUCACAUGCCAACUGCCAAGCCGUCAUUGGCUAACUAAUUCGUGCAAGGCAAAUAUUGGGGAAGGCUCCCAGCAGGGGGCUGUGUCUAAAACACAGCAGUUCAUGAAUAAAACGCAGGCUUACUUGUUUUUAUCUUUUUUCUUUUUCGUUUUUUUUUAUUUAAUUGCGUGUGUAGAAAUGGCACAGCACCUGCUGUGCACAGCAGGGGUCCAUUUCCGCAAAUAUUUGAGGUUUCACAUAGUAAAGCUGGCGUUUUCAUAGACAAGCAUAUUUACCUUAAAAUCCUACCAUUAUAAAUUGAGAAUGAAAAUAUAAUUAAGGAAUAUAUUUACAAAAUUUUUGAAAGAUCAUAAAUUCUUUCCUGAAUAUUUCAAAGAUUAUGUCAUUUUUUUAUCUACGUUUAGAAAUUCGGUUCAUAAAGUGCAGUCAACACUUUCAAAAUUAUUUAAAGUGUGUUAUUUAGAAUUUUCUAAAAUUGGAACAAUUUUAUAAUUGGUCAAAUAUAGCAAAAUAUUACUAUAUCAUUUUAUUUCCAAUUUUAUUAUGCAUUACUAUAAUAACAAAAAUAUGAGUAAAAUAUUAUACCCAAAAUCAGCUAAAUCAAAAUAUAAAAGGGAUCGGAAUUGAAAUUUGAGCAAUCCCAUCACGCUUCGCACACAGCACAAACAACGCAAACAGUCCAUCUGUCUCUUUCUCUGUCUCUGUCUCUGUCUCUCUCAUCCAACCCGCGUCUGAAAAAGUUACAAACGCAAAAGCAAAAGAAGGAAGAAGUAGAGAGAGAAAGUAGAGGAAGGGAGACACAGAGUCACAGAGGUAGGAGUCUUUUCACUAGGAAAGGAAAUCUUUUGUUCAAUCUAUUCCUCUUUCGUCUCCAGAUUCCUGCGGCCUUCGCAAUGAAUGACCUUUUGUCGUCGGAUUCAUUUGUGAACUCACGGGAUCAAGGAAAUAGAAAUGGUGAUAUUGAAAUGGGAAUGGGAACGGAUCGAAAAACAGGCGACCUAGGCUUGGAAGAUUUCUUUAAGCAGGUUCAGGUUAUUGAGAAACAAUAUGAAAAGCUCAAUGCCCUACUGAGAAAACUUCAGGAUGCGCAUGAGGAAUCAAAGGCUAUCACCAAGGCUGCUGCAAUGAAAGCAAUCAAGAAGCGAAUGGAGAAGGAUGUUGAUGAAGUAGGAAAAAUUGCACGUACAAUUAAAUUAAGAAUUGAGGAACUUGACAAAGAGAAUUUAGCCAAUAGACAAGAGCCUGGAUGCGGAAAAGGAUCAGGCGUAGACAGAUCAAGAACAGCUACAACAGUGGCGUUGAAGAAGAGGUUUAAAGACAAAAUGUCUGAGUUUCAGACCUUAAGGGAGAAUAUACAUCAAGAGUACCGUGAAGUAGUUGAGAGACGUGUAUUCACAGUGACUGGCACUCGGGCUGAUGAAGAGACAAUUGAUCAAUUAAUAGAGACUGGAGACAGCGAGCAAAUUUUUCAGAAUGCAAUCCGAGAACAAGGCCGAGGCCAGGUAAUGGACACACUUGCGGAAAUUCAAGAGCGUCAUGAUGCAGUUAGAGACUUAGAGAAGAAGCUUCUUGACUUACAACAGAUAUUCCUAGACAUGGCAGUUCUGGUGGAUGCUCAAGGCGACAUGCUCGAUAACAUAGAGUCACAGGUUUCAUCUGCGGUAGACCACGUGCAGUCGGGGAAUACUGCUCUGCAGAAGGCCAAGAGUUUGCAAAGGAGCUCGAGGAAAUGGAUGUGUAUUGCAAUCAUGAUCCUUCUCAUUAUUGUGGCGAUCAUCGUAGUAGGUGUGCUUAAGCCAUGGCAGAACAAGAAUGGCGCUUAGCUCUUUCCUUCUGCCAGAGUGUAUUGUAUAAUACCAAAAAAAAAGAGUAUUGACGAUUGAAAAUUGAUUUAUUUUCGAGAAAUUAUGGUGUUUAUUCUUUUUGGUGAUUGUUCUUGUGUACACUUGUGUAAUCUAGUAUUUUAAAUUUUUAUCAGGAUGCGUAUUUAAUUAUUUAAAUACAAAAUAUGCUCAUUUUUUCA